AUGAAUAAGAUUGUAGAUAUAGGAGAGUAUCAUAAGAAUGUAUGCCUUGAGUUUAUUCUAAUAAAGUGCCUAGAAAUAAAUAAGACAAAAGACAACGAUGCAGUAUCAACAUGGCUGGUUGGGGAUGAAAGCGGAACGAUUGAACUUGGCUUGUGGAACACAGUUUUGAAUGCUGGUGAUGUUAUAUGCUUGAAUGGAGGAUACACUUCGCUAUUCCAAGGAAGAAAGAGACUGUUUGUGUCCAAAAGUGGAACAAUUAGCAGAGUCAGAACAUUUAGAAAGAUAUUCAAAGUGAAUGAGGAGCACAUGGAAUUCAUGAGUUCUGAUUCACACGCUUAUUGA